AUGGAGAUGGUUCUGGGCGGACAACUUGAGCUACACCUCCUCCAGGGAUGUUGCCUGGAGGCCGAAAGAGCAGACUGCGUUGCAAUUCAACUUGUAGGACUUCGCCAUGCCCUGUCCGAGGGCACCCACUCCCAUCUGUUGAUUCUCAUGGAGGAGAUCAGGAUAUCAGCCCAAUGGCUCCGCGAACUGGCCGAGUACUCCAACGUACACUUCUCCCGCGUCCCUGUCGUGCUGGACUAUCUUGAGAUUCUACUUCCCUGCCUGUCCAGAUCCUUGCGGGACAUCACCUCGUACUACGAAGACAGGACUCUCACCAAGGAGAAUCGAUGGCGGAAGAUGUACCACUCCAUGACGCAAGAGGCAGAAGGUCUCUCGCUGCCUCAACGAUUCAUGUUGUACAACCGUUUCCUGUCAAUGCUGCGAGAGUUACUAUUAAGAACACCAAACUUCGACUUCAACACUAUGGAAACUACUAGACUCCAAUUGAUGAAACUUAGGGAGGCUAGGGGUAUUCCUCCUCCUCCUAUUCGCAAGAACUCUGCGAUUCGACCCGAGGCUGUAUUGGAUGAUGACUCGGGUAUUGGAACAAAUGUCCACUGGGCAGAAAAGAUCUUCUCUCUACCCCUCCCUUCUCGAACCGCCCUCAAGCAUCAGCAGUCGUCAAAAGUAUGGGGUCCGCAUGUCCCUUGGGAACAAGUCCGAAUGCCAAGCGAUGCGAGGGUUCUCUUCAUUCGUUCAUUCAAUGAGCGCCAGAUAAAUCUAAUAGUCUAUGAAAGUGGACGAGACAACAGCCCCUACUUUCUUCUGCGAACAUUCCACAUGGGAACUCCAUGGUUUUCCCUUCGUGGUGCACAUGAGCUCUGCGUCGAACGCAAUGGGAGCAGCCUCCAGUUCUGGCAAUGGAGUGAUAAUGAGCAAUGCGCCAAGAGAUGGGCCAAUCUUUGCUUCUUGACCUGGGAAGAAUUGGUUCUCGUAUACUGCUGCUUCCUGUCAUUCAAAGCCCGCAACAGUCGAACGGUUCAGGUCGCAACGGAAGACUUGACCCUUUGGGGUGAACGCAAGCUAUUCCAAGCUCGAAUCGUGGAUGAUGGGUUCAUGCAUUCUUUGAUCGUCUACGAGGACUUUGUGACCAAGGGCCUUCGCCUUCACGCUGCAGUAUGGGACGGCGAUCUUCGACAGUGUCCCGUCUGGACAGCAUUCGUCACACAUCAAUCUGCCUCUCCGAAAUGGAUCAAGAGAGUCAGCAAAACCAGAGUUCGCCUUGACGACAUUCAGCUCUAUGUCUUCUGCCAAGAAUACCGACAGCAAAACCAGCGAAUUAACCGCGCAGGGGCAUUCGAAAUCCGCUUUAUUAGUGAAGAAGCGGCCAAACGCUUUAAAGAGCUCUUUGCUCCCAUGCUCACCGACGAGAGCACAUUGACAGAGUCGACAGCUUAA